AUGAAUGGGUCAAAGAAAAGGUUUAUGCGAGUUCUGCAGCAUCUGAAGGACUUCAGAAUAAUGUAUGACUAUAACAAGCGCUUGAGUACAUUUACUGACUGGCCCUUCUCCGAAAACUGCAAGUGCACACCUGAGAAUAUGGCCAAAGCUGGCUUUGUGCACUGCCCGACUGAGAAUGAGCCUGAUGUCGCCUGCUGUUUUUUCUGCCUGAAGGAGCUGGAGGGCUGGGAGCCAGAUGAUGACCCCUUGACUGAACACUCGAAGCGUUCAAACACCUGUGGCUUCCUCUCCCUGAAUAAGAACACUGAUGAACUGACCAUGGAGGAGUUUCUGCGGCUGGAAGUUUUUCGCAUUAAGACAUUCAAUCGCAAGUUUUCUUCUGUUGUUGACGAGUAUCUAGAUGAGGAAAUGAGUGCUACCACCAAACGACUAGUGGAAUACUUUGCCAAUCAACAUAACUGCUCUCUAGAACUGGAUUUGGAACGUUAA